GCAGAGCAGCAGUCGAGAGAAGGACUGGCGCUAAGCGGCAGGUUUCACUGCGGAGACAGAAGAGAGGUGGUGUAUUAAAGUUUUGAAGCUUCGCGCGAGGAUUAUCCGUGUUUGCAGCGCUAUUCGUGCAGUUUUCCACUGGACGUCUCUUAGGAAAAAAACCAAAAAAACUUGAGUGAGAAGAAGACUGUUGAUAUCAAUGGAAGAGAGCGCCAGACGCUUUGAACAGGGACUACUGUAGAUGUCUCAUGUGGUUAUGAACAUCAGUGGGUUUUGAGCACGAGAGACUCGUUGCAUUUAUAUCCCAAAAAAAACUAAGGAAAACUCUUCAUGCAAUGGCAGCACUUCAACUCUGUUUGUGGGUCUUGGCUGUAAAGGUGGCGUUUGGUAAGGUCUGUACCUCUGAGCAGUUCACAAAAACAGGCGAGUGUUGCAGCAUGUGUGCCGCGGGCACUGGUUUGGCGAGCAGCUGUGGUCAGGAAGACACCAAGUGCCAGCCGUGUCAAGAUGGCGUGUCGUUCUCCGACUCCGAGAGUCUGUCGGCCUGUCUUCUGUGCGCCCGCUGUCCCGCAGGCAUUCCUCGACUGGCACGCUGCACGCCCACUCAGGAUACCCAGUGUGACUGCGGCGAGCAUUUCUUCCUGUGGCGAGAUGGUAACAGCACGAGUGGGCUGUGCGCGGCUUGCUCCAUGUGUGGGCAUGGAAGCGGAGUGUUUCGGGCCUGUGGGCCGCUGGGAAACACUGUGUGUGAGCGGUGUAAACCAGGGACGUACUCAAAGGAGCGGAGUGACAGGAAACCCUGCGUGCCCUGCUCACGCUGUAAUGACGACGAGGUGGAGAUCAGACCCUGCCAGCCGGACUCUGACACCGUCUGUAUGGUAAAAGACCUUAACAUCCUGUCCCGUCCAUCUGGUUCUGAUGGUCCGCGUGAAUACCCCCGAAAGCCGACUCUGAAUGAGGAAACAGAGAACGGGAGCAGCCCGGCACCAGGGUCUGGAUCCCCUCGACUCACUCCACAGGACCAGGGGGGCAACAACAACAACAUCUUGGUGUACGUGUCAGUACUGGCUGCGGUGGUGCUCGGCCUCCUGCUCUACGUCGCCUACAAAUGCUGGAAGUCAUGUCAGCAGAAGCAGGCUCUGGUGAAAGCUCGGGUCGGCGAGUUGAACAAUGUCGGGGAAGGAGAGAAAUUACACAGCGACAGCGGCGUGUUUCUGGACUCGCACAGCCUUCAGGAAAGCCAGCCCAGCAAAGGCAGUAAACGAGACAGCAAACAGGACACGCGACUUUACGUGAACCUGCCUCCUCACAGACAGGAGGAGGUAGAGGGGCUCCUCGCCGAGGGGGGCAGUCGGAGCUGGAGGCAGCUGGCGGCCACGCUCGGGUACGAACAGGACCGCGUGGACGUCUUCGGACGGGGCCAAGACCCCAUCCACACGCUCUUAACUGAUUGGGCCCAACAGGAAGGCUCCACGUUGGGCCUGCUCUGCUCCGCUCUCACACGCAUCGACCGGCCAGACAUCAUCAGCGCCCUCACCGCCCCCUCUCAAGGAGCGGCAGUGGUCUAAACACUUGAAUACCUUCCUAACGCCUUCAAGAAAGUGAAAGAGACACUCAAAUCACAGAGGAACUGCGUCCGCCGACUCAUUCUCGAACGCCUCGCUUGCACUAAGACUUUAAAGAGCGGGAUUGGAAAUAACGCGUUAGUUUAUUUCGCUUACGAAUUUAGUUUCAACAGCUUGAGAUGUUCCGCCACCUCAGAACAUUUUCCGCUCGCUGUCCCCUUUGUCGCGUCAAAACGAACUCCGCUUUCUCCGUUUCGUUCGCACUCUGUUUCGGGUGCUUUGUAUUUAUAUUUCAGCGCUUCCGCCGUUUGAACGAGGGUCGCCGUCGAAGCUGGAUGGGGUGUUCAGCGUUUAUCCCGCGGCCUGUCAAGGCCAACGUAACGCUGUAAGGUGUUUUAUGGUUUCCGGCGAGGAAAACCACUAAACGGGCCUCACGAGGGAGCUGUAUAUUUGGCAAUGUACAGACGCACGGUCAAGUCGCCCGAGAGAAUCAUUCACGCCAGCGCUUGGUUGGUUUGCGCUUUAACCAACAACGCAACCUAAAAGCGGCGUCGCUUGUGAGUCACCUCUCGGGCGCCUUUGCUUUGAACGCUCAGGUUUGCUCUUUGCUGGUUUGCGCGUUUCAAGGUCGUUCUGUGCGAGUUCCGAGCGAGACGCUUUUCGUAUACACGUUCACGUUAUGUAUCUAUCUCUUAUGUUUGUCCUUUUAAAUAUUGAUGUUUAUAGGUACCUUUGUAUUUUUCGAAGAAAUAAAUAAGACAUUGUGUGAGCAAAUAA